ACUUAGAACUUGAGAGAAUGAAAGAAGGUUUACACACCGACUCGACAAUGCCGACCGAGACAGAUGAAAGACCCAGAUUUCUCUCGGAUUCGCUACAUCUCAACAGGGUUCAUCAGUUUGCGAAUGACUUUUGCUCCUUAUAAAGAUACAUAUAAUGGAAUGUGGUUCUCUUUGGACAAAGAGUUCAUACAGAGCGGAAAAAAUGGUCAAAUCGAAGAAAACCCUGCAGGGUACGCUAAGCUAUACAAGAUGCUGAGAGAUCUUUUCCUGAUGGAAUACGGAACUGUUACAAUCUGAGUGUGGAGAAGACCUGCUUCUACGCCUAUCAUAGCGAACAUAUAUGCAUAGAUGUUAAAUUUGGUUGUCAAAUCUGACGGAUCAUACACGCAUAUCUGCGUGCAUAAUGGUGCUGAGCCUGGUGACUAUUUAAGCCAAUAUCUUCUUGUCGUGAAGAUUCUUGGAAGUAAUACUAAGCAAGUUGCAUAUUGUUGUUGAUAAUGAUGUUGGAGCAUUAGUAUCCUCUUAUUCUUCUUCUCCGUCUUGCAUGGGGAAGUUGCACCACUACAAAAAUACAAAACACAUUGACUUGACUUGACAAAGUCUUUCUUAUUAGCUUAUAUAUUAUCAGUUUGUGUCUUGUUGAAUUUUUCCUUGGGAAGUGAGAGAGUAUGGAGAGAUCUGUUGGGCUUUUGUUAGUGCUAAUUGCGACUUUGGCCAUAACUCAUCUUAUUCAAGCUCAGAGCCAACAAGGGUUUAUUAGUUUGGACUGCGGACUACCCGCCAGUGAACUCUCUCCUUAUAAUGAGUCGGAAACCGGAUUACAGUUCUCUUCGGACGCAACAUUCAUCCAGAGUGGAACAACUGGUAACAUCCAAGCAAAUCGAGAGAGUGAAUUCCUGAAGCCGUCAUGGACGCUGAGAUAUUUUCCAGAAGGAAGACGGAACUGCUACAAUCUAAACGUUGAGAAGGGAAGAAAUCAUCUGAUCAGGGCUAGGUUUGUAUAUGGAAAUUAUGAUGGUCGUAACAUUGGCCCCAAGUUUGAUAUGUAUCUUGGACCUAAUCUAUGGGUCACGAUAGAUAUGGAAAUGCUAGUGAAUGGUACACGGGAGGAGAUCUUACACAUACCAACAUCAAACUCGUUGUAGAUUUGUCUUGUUAAGACUGGGGAUACUACACCAAUGAUCUCAACCUUGGAAAUACGGCCCAUGGGAAAUGAUUCUUAUGUCACGGAGUCUGGUUCUCUGAAACUUUACUUUCGAUUAUAUCUUAGCGAAUCAGAGAGUUACAUAAGGUAACCUAACUUCAACUGAGUCUGAGCAAAUUUUAUCUUCUUUAUGCUCUGUUUUUAGAAGCCCAUGUUAUGUUUAUGUUUCUUGUUGCUCUGUUCUCAUCUGUUAAAGAAAGUACUAUUCAAUCCUCGACACUUACGAAUAAAAUGAUAUGUUUAAAUAUCCAAGGUGUUUAGACAAUUAAUCUAUAACAAUAACAUCGGUUCAAGCGCACCACAAAAAUGAUAUUAUCAUAUUAAUCUUAUUUAUUUUACUAAAGAAAUAUCGUUCCAUUCCUCAGGUAUCCGGACGAUGUCUAUGAUCGCCAAUGGGUUUCGUACUUUCAGAGGGCGUGGACCCAGAUAUCCACCACUAGCGAUGUGGAUAAUAUCAAUGACUAUGAUCCACCAAAAGCCACACUUGUAACUGCCGCCAUACCUACUAAUGCCAGUGACGAUUGAAUGGACUAAUUCAGAUAAUCCUAACGAAAAAGCAAAAGCGUAACCGCAAGUCCAAUCCCAUUGAAGAAGAAGCCACAAAUAACAUCAGGAAUUUCUGUGAAUUUUUUAUGGAAGGAGCCCUACUUUCUUCAUCUCAUGAUCGCAAGCAUUUGGCAUUUGAUAUCCUGCUUCUUCUUCUUCCAAAGCUUCCUGUAAGUUUCGUGCAACAUGUUUUGUCCUUCAAAUUUGUUCAGUGCCUCAUGGAUAUACUCUCCACAAAGGACUCUUGGUUGCAUAAAGUUGCAACCCAUUUUCUUGUGGAGUUAAUUGAUUGGGUGAAAGACGACGAUACCAAGAGGGUGGCUGUUACAAUGGCUCUUCAGAAACACAGUGAAGGGAAAUCUGAUAAUAUUACGCGUACAAAAACUGUUAAAGAUCUAGCUGCAGAGUUUGAAACUGAAGAUGGUUGCACACUUUUUCUCCAGAACUUGAUGAAUUUGUUUGUGGAUGAACAGCAUGUUCCUGAGGAACCUUCAAAUAUGAAAUGGUCCCUAGAACCUUGCUCUUUGAAUUCAGAUCAGAGUCAAACAACAGAUGACAAUUCUGAGAUAGGUUCAAACGAGGAGAAGGAUUCAGUUGGGACAGCUGGAAACUCGGAUCUUCUGAAAAGCUGGGUCAUUGAAUCUCUCCCUGGCAUCUUAAAACAUACUAAAUUGGCCCCCGAGGCGAAACUGCGAGUGCAACAGCAGAUUUUGAAAUUUCUCGCUGUGCAAGGUCUAUUUGUAGCUUCUCUGGGCACCGAAGUUACAUCGUUUGAGUUGCAGGAAAAAUUUAAGUGGCCAAAGACAGCUACUCCCGCUGCUCUUUGCAAAAUGUGUAUCGAACAGCUUCUACUAUUACUGUCAAAUUCUCAAAAGAUUGAGAAUCCACUAUCUAAAGGAAAUGGCCUGGACCAGCCUGAUGAUCCUGUUUCAUACUUCGUGAACUCUAGAACAAGAGCAGCCAUCGGACAAAAUCUACUUUGAUUACCACGGUCACCAGGACAUGUCCAUGGACUGUUGGGAGGUAGAAGUUCCUCUUGACAUAUGUUUUUGAUAGAGGUUAAUUGCCACCAUGCAACCGUUAUGUUGAUUGUUCCGGCAAGAAUUGUACCGAUGAAUUGAACCAAGAACAUGGAUCUUGGUGGGAUCUUCAUGAAGUGACCAAGUUUGAAGUCAUUUAAGAAAGAGACAGCUUGUGCCAUACUCAUGUAUCCAUAGACUUUGAAGCAUACGUUUGCGAUAGGUCGUCCCGGGUAAAUGAUUCCCAUUGCGUACUCCGUGAUUAUAUUCAACCCUGGUGUCUGCAAAACGGGUGAAGAUAAGUAAAAUAACUCGUUGCAAAUGGGAAGAACUAAAGAAGAAGGGUAUUGCCUUGAUUCGAUUUUUUGUAUUCAUUAUUGCUUACUUGGUUAGUUGUUGCCGUUAUAAUGCUGAUUGGAAGUGUGAAGGUGAAAGCCAUUGCGCUUGCGAACACAAGUCCCCACCAAGGCAUUUGAACCUCAUCGUUCAAGAAGACACAUAAAGCAAGAGAGAUAAGUAGUGUAGUAGCCAACAUCAAGUAAAACCACCAUGAAGGUAUGUCUUUAUAUCUCUUCAUUAACCUAGUGUGUAUAUCUUCUUUGCCUUUGUAUCAUUGUAUGAAACUCGAAACCUCUCCAAAAUUUCUCUGUCGAUGCAAAAAAAAUAAAUGAUUUGAUUAGAUGUA